UGAUCCACCUCAGUGAUGACGUACAGAUCUGUGGACCGACGCAUGCGCAGCGCAGCCGGGGCGACCGGGGCUGAUGGGUACAGGAAGUCCAAAAUGGCGAUGGACGGAAUGAUGUCCACGUCUUCGGGUCUCUCUUACCACAAUGCCGGGGACUUCUACCCCAGAAAGUUCGGCCCGAAGCCGGACGUGGUGCCGUCCGGGGUGACGGAGAGGAAAGUGGGUCCGCUGGAUAAACCUGACAUGGUGUCGGUGGACGUCAUCAACGUCAGUGAUUCAGAAGUCCACUUGCACAGGAAGAAGCACGAGCACGACACGUACGUCUUGGGCACCAUUCAUCCGUUCAGGAAGACGCACAGAUCCAUCUUUGGAAAACUCCUGCAAGAGUUCCGACUGGUGUCCUCAGACAGACGGUCGUGGAGGAUCCUGCUGUUCGGGGCCCUCAACCUGCUGUGUACCGGCUGUCUGCUGAUGUGGUGCAGCUCCACCAACAGCAUGGCCUUAACCGCCUACACGUACCUCACCAUCUUCGACCUCUUCAGUUUGAUCACCUGUCUCAUCAGUUCCUGGGUGUCCAUGAAGAAACCCAGUCAGGUCUUCUCCUUCGGGUUUGAUCGACUGGAGGUUUUGGCAGUUUUUGCGUCCACGGUUCUGAUCCAGCUGGGAGCCUUGUUCAUCCUGAAGGAGAGUGUGGAGCGCUUCAUGGAGCAGCCUGAGGUCCAUACCGGUCGUCUGCUGGUCGGGACGUUCGUCGCUCUCUUCUUCAACCUGUUGACGUUGAUGUCGGUCAGGAACAAACCGUUCGCCUACGUCUCUGAAGCCGCCAGCAGCAGCUGGCUUCAGGAACAUGUGGCAGAUCUGAGUCGAAGUUUGUGCGGCAUCAUUCCAGGUCUGAGCAGUGUGCUGCUGCCUCGCAUGAACCCGUUCGUCCUGAUCAACAUGGCGGGAGCGUUCUCCCUCUGCAUCACCUACAUGCUCAUAGAAAUCAAUAACUAUAACGCGGUGGACACGGCGUCAGCGGUCGCCAUCGCCCUCAUGACCUUCGGCACCAUGUAUCCCAUGAGCGUCUACAGCGGCAAGGUGCUGCUGCAGACGACGCCGUCGCACGUCAUCGGACAGCUGGACAAACUGCUCAGAGAGGUGUCGACUCUUGACGGUGUGCUGGAGGUUCGCAAUGAGCACUUCUGGACCGUCGGCUUCGGAUCUCUGGCCGGCUCCGCCCAUGUUCGUAUCCGUCGUGAUGCCAACGAGCAGCUGGUUCUGGCUCACGUCACCAACCGUCUGCUGCCGCUCGUCUCCACGCUGACGGUCCAGAUCUUUAAAGACGACUGGACGCGACCUCUCCUCUCCGGGACGCUCUCGUCCGCCUCCGUUCCCCCGAUGAGUCCCGCUGAAGGUUACGCCCUCUCCUCCUCCUCGCUGCCUCCUCUUCCGAUGUCAUCAGGAGGAGAGCUGGACCCGCUGACCUCCACGCCCUCCAAACCCACCAGCCCUCCCCCGGAGUUUGCCUUCGACACGCCGGGGAGGAACGUGCAGCCGAUGGUGCUCCCCGCCCCGGGACAUCACGGCCACAGGCCCUACGGAAGCCUGGGACUCGCCUAUGGAGCGUCUCCCUACACAGGGAUGCUGAAUCAUGGGCUGCCGCGGCCCGGCGGGGGGCUGGGACUGGGCGUGCAGGGUCUGGGUGCAGGGUACGGACUGGGUGUGCCUUCCUCUCAGAGCUACAGGACUGCCUACGGAGGGGUGCCGUUUGGAACCAGCAACCCUCUGGCUUCACAGUCGCAGUACAGACAAUACCGACCCUGAUUGUACCGAACUGGAACUCUUACGAUACUUUGAUCCACAGUGGAGGUCCAGUCUCUGCUCGGCUCAGAUAUUUAACCACUGAGCAGAUUUAUUGGACGUGUGACCACAAGAUGGAAACUUUAGAGAGUGAAGAUGAUUCUUUGGAGGUUUGCUGUAAAGUUUUGAGUCUGAUGGUAGAAAAGAGAUGGUUUGUAUUUAUACAGGGACCAACAGGGUCGGGUUCUGUAUGUUUGGGACUCUUGUUAAAAGUUUUUUUUUUUUUUUUCUUUUUGUAUGAGAGAAAAAACAUCAUCAAACAUUCCUGAUGAGAGGAAAUUAAUUCUUGAGUGAAAUUAAUUUCCAGCGUUACAUUUUUUGAUCUUCAGGCAUUUAAAGGAAACUAAAGAAAAAGAGGUGAUGUUAAUGUUCCGGACCAAACUGAGGGAGAAGAUUCAGAGAAGAAGAAAUUUAUACUGUAGAGAUUUAAUCAUCAGGAAAGAUGUUGUUGCCUUAAAGUGUUUUACAGCCGCACGACCUGCAAACAUAAAACUAUUGUAUUUAAAACCAAAACUUGUUUUCAUUUGUAAGUUAAAAUCAGCUCCUCCGCCGUUGUGUUUUCACUUGAUUGUACGUUAUGAAUUAAACUACAUUUCUUCAGUCAACGAACAUCAAGUCCUGCACCGUCGCAACACCAACAACAGAAAAGCAGCAACGCAGAUUUGCGACACAUUCAAAUGAAACUUAGCGCAGACAGGCAGGAAUCAGCAGGUUCAUCGGGUCCGUAACGAUGUAUUAAAACACUAAAGUUGAAAACAAGUUCACCAGUCGAGGCGGCAGGAGACCGGCAGCUUCCAUGAUUUUAUCAAAGCAGUCGAAGAGGAAACAAGCAGACAGAACGUCCAACAUUUCCAGCAGUCUCUCGUUAUCUUAUUUUGACCAUUUUAUGUCAUUUAAAACACGACGAUGACAACCGUGACGACUGUUUCGCACGACAUGCCAGGUUGUUGCCUUUAUUCUCUUUGUGAAAACUUAAAAAAAUUGACCUCUUUUUGCAUCGUGAUUGUGAAGAAAUGUUAGAAAACAAUAAAUUUGUGAACAUGGAGACAAACAGUUGUGAUUUCCACGAAGAGGACCAUCGACUGGUAGAGAAUAUCUGACUGGGACGUUGGUGGUUUUUAGUUUUAUUUGUGUUUUAAUCUGAGACUGUCGUUAAAUCACCUUUAUGCAUUUCACAGGUUUCUGGUGCCUUCCUCAGAUUUAAAGAAUCUUGACAUAAAAAUAUCAAAUUGUUACAGAAGAGCCGAGAAAUUAAACUUCAGUAACUUUGGAAAACAAACACAUUUAAUUGAACAUGUUCCCUGUAUGUUCAUCUGAAAAGAACAACCAGGACUUAUAUUAAAAACAUGAGAUGAAA